AUGUACUUUUCAAACAUCCUCACUGCAUCUGUGCUCGGAAUGGCCAGCCUGUCCCUCGCUCUGCCCCGAGCAUCCAAAGUCCACCAGGGCAAACCCUUGGCCAUUCGCAUGGCUGGCGAAACUCCCAGCAUGUCCAUGUCCACACCCUCACCCAGUGCCAGUUAUGCCCCCACGGAGACUGGCCCUACGGUCCCCGACGUUGCCCAGGGGACCUUGGUCGAAUCCAACGCGGACGUUCCCAAUCACGUCAAGCACAUCAAUCACUGCUUGGAGCUGUGUUCACUAGAGGCGCAGACCUGCAAUAUUGCAAUCCCGAAUGAUGAUCAAUUCUGUCGGGAAACGUACACGGGGUGCAUGGAACGUUGUCGUCCGGAUGAUUUCCAGUAA